AUGACAAUAAGAAGAGCCCGUCCAGACCGGGUGCAACAUUUCCGUCCCCGCAUGCACUGCCUUAACAAGCUGGAGGCCGUGGUGGUGGAGAUGCAGAGCGGGGUGAAGGGCUCCGAGCAGAAACUCAACGUCACCACCAUCCCUCAUGUGAUCACUGGUAAAGACAUCAUUGCAUGGAUUACCAACAAGAUGAAGACCACUACAGAAGAGAGUGAGGCCUUUGGCACCAUGUUGGUGGCCUAUGGCUACAUCUACCCUCUGCAGAACCACAGGAAGCUGGUGAUGUGCAACGACACCAGCCUCUACCGCUUCCAGACCCCAUACUUUUGGCCCACACAGAAAUGGGUUGCAGAGGACUCUGACUAUGCCAUUUACCUGGCAAAGAGGAACAUCCGCAAGAAAGGCAUGCUGGAACCCUACGAACAGGCACAUUACAACCACCUCCAUGAAUGGCUGAACCACAAGUGGGACUUUAUCGUGAUGCAGGCCACUGAGCAGUACAAGGCUGGUAAGGAGAGGAAGAAGCCGGACCGUGUGGUGUUUGACUGCCAGGAGAGAGCCUACUGGAUAGUGAACAAACCACCGCGUCGUACUCACAGUGCUAUGGACAGCGGUCUAGAGCUUCUUAUUGAUCCUAACUCGGAUGAGAAAAUCCCUUUUGACACGUACAGACGCAUGAACCUGUUCUAUCAACAAGCUAUCAUGAGGUCAAAGGUCAAAUCUAGCGUGUCCCUUGGAGCACUGAACAAGUACGUCGCAACUUACAAAAACCACGACCCCUUCCUCGCCCCGUGUCUACCCAGCAACCCCUGGCUAACCGACAACGACACGUACUGGACGCUCAACAUGAGACAACUGGAGGUCCCCACUAAGAUGCGGGUGGAGCGCUGGUCCUUCAGCCUGUUCGAGCUGCUGAGCGACCUGCGAGGCCGAGACGACUUCAAGAUCUUCCUCAAGAAGGAGUUCAGCGGUGAGAACCUGGCAUUUUGGGAGGCAGCUGAAGAACUAAAGUGGGGCACUGCAUCUUCAAUGACAUCUAAAGCUGAGACCAUUUUCAAGACCUUCCUGGCCCCCGGGGCCCCCCGCUGGAUCAACAUUGAUGGCAGGACCAUGGGCCUGACGGUGAAGGGCCUGGAUCAUCCUCACCGCUACGUGCUGGAGGCCGCACAGACACACGUGUUCCUGCUCAUGAAGAAGGAUACUUUCUUCCGCUACCUCAAGUCACCAGUGUACAAAGAAAUCCAGAAGAAGGCUCUGAACCCUGAGCCGCAUAACUUCAGUCCAGGCCAGCUGGAGCAAAAUGCUCAGAACCGGAGCCCAGGCAUCCAUCCCCUGAUCCUCUGGCAGCAGGACGAGGCAGAGAAGGCCAAGGCAGCCGCCGCCUCUGUCCCCGUGGAUGUCAAGGCCUUGAUGAGCAAAUUAGACAGGAAGAAGUAGAGAAAUAGAGUGUGUGAUUG